CGCUGUCGCCAGCAAAACCCACACACGAUAGCAGGAUACAGGGAAGUCCGAGACACACACACACCAAGAUUAGCCCCCCAUCCUUUGACAAGGCGGGACAGCACGUAACGGUACUCCGUGUUGCACGACCAUAUCCAUUCUUACCCACCAACAGCCGAGCUGUAUACGCUGUAUACGGUUUCCUCCACGGAAGAUUAUCAAGAGGGCGUAACAGUCGCGGUUGCGCACAAACAUCGUUGGGAGCUUGUGGCCAGGCUUGUCGUCUUUGACAGUUCAAGCCAAAUCUUUAGUCCCUAGGUAUCCCAAACGCCCGUCGUGCAGGUGACGACCCAGUAGGUGGUGGAUGACGGCAGCGAACCAAGAAAAUCCCGAUCCACGGGACCAAGAAGACGGAGCUGAAGGUCAGUCACAGAAAGGUGGAAAGAGCAGACCACUCGGUCCCCGACCAGGUUCGGGCGUAAACAAGCGAACGACCAAGUCCUCUGCCAAGGGUGGACGAGGAAAGAAGUCCCUGUUGAGACGUUCACUCGACCCCGACAAUAACAUGAAUCCAAACAUUCUGUUUGUCUCCACACCGGCAGACACUCCAUCGCCCUUUCCUGAAUCGACGCCCCUGCAGAGCGAUGCCGACGCCAAAUAUGAGGGAGAGCGUGCACGCAAUAACCAGUCGGCAAAACGCUCCCGUAUCCGCAAGGCCCUUUACGUUGUCGAACUGGACAAUGCCGUUACGGGAUACGAGUACAACUUCAAGCUUUUCUACAAGAUGUACAAGGAGGCCAAGCAGAAGCUAAUCGAUCAUGGUCUGGGAGGCGAUCUUCCCCCUGAUCCGCCCAUCUGGGUCCGAAAGCCGAUCCCUGUAGGCCAGGACGUCGACACACAAGAGUAUCGCAAGAAGCUUGAGACGGCGGUAGAGAGUGGCGAGCUCGUCCCGCUCGGACUCGACUUUGCUGAGUCGGUGGCCCUUCAGGUCGGCAAGACGACGGGAUCGGCGCAACAGACGGAGGAAGCCAAGGCGCUACAGGACGCAAAGGAGAAGUACGAAAAAACAGCCAAACAGGAGGACAAGUACGCUGAGGAGUUACAGGAUAUGGAGAAGAAAAUGCAGGAGCUACAACACAAGCUUUGGGAGGUCCAACAUAACCGACAAUCACUGGGAAAUGUAGUGGACCGGUAUCAGGCAAGGGUAUCCGGACAACCGGGCGACAACAACGCGGGCCCCUCUGCUCUCCAGGGCAAUGGCGUGAAUCUACCCUACAGGCCGCUUGUGCCGGAGACUGCUCAUCUUCCCCAGCGACUUCAGAAAAUGGCCUCGCAAGGCCGCAAGGAACGUACGCUCGAGGAGCUUGCAGCUUCAUGGCCGGUGAGAUCCUGUCUCGAGAAUCACCAGAUGAUGAUGGAUAUGGACCAGAACCCACUUGAGCCCAAGAUGGAACAGGCUGGGGAAGUCCGACUUGAUCAUCUUCCGGUGCCAACAUUCGACGGAUAUCCCGAUCAGGGUCAGCAACACCAGGCCGAGCACAACCAUCCCCCGAAUCCUGAUUUCGGUCAGUGGUGCCAGGCCCAGGGAGAUCCCAACUUCCUUGGUUAUUCCAAUGCUUCUGGAAAUCCGGAUGCAGUUCCCGCUGGCAACUUCAAUGAGUAUCCCUGGCCAGGCGAGGGUGUUGACUUCACUGGAGAGUCACACCUGAUGGGUGGUGACGGUCAUCUGCCAGGAACGGGCCACGAUGCGGUACUCCCACACACAUCUCAACCACUUUCGCCGAGUAUUUGCUUUGCCGAUCUUCAACUGAGUCCGGAAAUGGGUAAUAUGUUCAUGGAUACGGGCGAGCAAAGUUCUGGCGAUCAGAACCAAGGAAACUAUCACGGAUCAUACGGUCAGCAGACGGAUCAGUUCAACCAGUUCUACUGAUCAGCCUUGGGAGGGUCGUUCGAAGGGGAGGAAUUUGGUUCGG